AUGUCUGGUAUUCCUCCUCCCAAUAUGGCUGGAUCAGCCCGGGCAACUCCUCAGCAGAUGGCUGCUACCCUCCAACAUCCUACUACUUCUAUGGAUCAGCUUGGAAACUUUCCUACCUACAACGGGCACAGUGUUUCCUGGGGAAAUCAGCAGCAGCAGCAGCAGCAGAACAACCAGGACGCUGUCUAUGCCUCUUACAACGCCCCGCGAUUCGCCAACCAGCAGCAGCACUAUGCUCACAGUCAGCAGAAUGGCAUGGCUAUGUCUCACGCCUCGCAGGCGCAGCAGAUGAUGGCCAACUCUUCUUCUGCCUCCCAGAAUGGCAUGGCUAUGUCUGGCGCUCAUCAGCCUCAGCAGGCGAUGAGCAACUCUUCUUUUGCCCCCCAGAAUGUCAACGGCAUGUCUGGCACUUCUCAGGGCCAGCAGAUGAUGGCCAACUCUUCUUCUGCUCCCCAGAAUGCCAACACGGCUUCUACUCCUCUGGUUGUUAGCUCCCAGAUGUUCCGCCUGCCCACCCAGAGGCCUUCCGCUACCCCCGCGAUGGCCAACUCUGGUGCUGUGAACGGUUCUCUGAACCAGAACUCCAUGGGCAGCGCUCAACAUUUCACUGGAAACGCUCAGCCUUUCAUGGGCAACAACCAAGGUCAGUAUGCCCAGGCUUCUUAUGGCCACGUUCAGAACCACAUGGCGAUGAACAACAUGCACAUGGCUCAGAACGGCUUUGGCGGUAUGCAGACUUCCUUCAUGGGUAACGGCCAAGCCUCUUCUAUGGGUAAUGCUCAAUCUUUCCACCCUAUGGCCAACGUUCAUCCCAACUUCAUGGGAAACCCUCAGGCCCAGUUCAACAACGGCUUCAUGCCAGGUAGUGCUCCGAACCCAAUGAUGAACCAUGAUCAGUCUCAGGCUCAGUUCAUGGCCAACAUGCAAGCUCUUCGCAUGGGCGCUGGUCAGGGUGCCGCCCACAACAUGCCCGGAAACUUCCAGAGCAUGCCAUCGGUCUCCAUGAGCAAUGUGCAGUCCUAUGGCCACAUGAACGCCCAAGAUGCUCAAGGCUUUCAGCCGCAGACUCCCUCAUCAGGUCUCAACGCUGCUGCCGCUUCCUUUGCUCCCACUCAGGGCGAUGUUGCUUCACAGCAGCAGUCAUCUGUCCAGACCGCCGUACCCUUCUCGUCUCAGACGGGCCUUCAUGAGACUCCUCAGAUGGCUCAGAUGGCUCAGAUGGGUAUGCAGGGCAAUGCUCAGACCCAGCAUGCUACUCCACAGGCCAAGCAGAAGGCUACUACCAAGCGUAGUCCUGCCGCCCAGCCUAAUAGCACCACGCCCAAGCGUCGUAACAAGCCUGUCAACGACACGUUCAUGCAGAAAGCCAACAACAAGAUGAGGUCGUGUACUCCUGCCAUGUGUGAUCCUGCCAUGGGCAAGUUGGUUCGUCGUGUGAGUGAUAUUGCCACAGGCGAUACACUUCCACAAGACAUCGAGGUCGUCAGUAUGGCCUGCCGAAAGCAACCAGAGCAUCCCGUCGUUGGCUACCUCACCAACCCUGAGGACUAUCCGAUCACUCCCCCACAGACCUCUCCUGCAGAGCAAGCUGCCACUCCACAGGACUCUCUUACGGAGCAGCUGAUCCAACAACACCCCAUCACUCCUCCCCAGAGUUCCCCUGCCGAGCAGCUUACCCAACAGUCUGCCCAACAACCCCUUCAGCUUCCGGUUCCUUCUCGAGCGCCCUCUGUUGGCGAGCUCUCCUCCCUGUUCGUGUCUGAGGAGCACACCUCUCCUUCUACCCAAGCUCAGCUGAAUGCAGUUGACAGCCAUGUCGCUGCCUCUGUAAUAGAAGAGAGUGUUCGACAGAGUAUUGAAGUCGACAAACCACUCAAGUUGACCAAGCGUGAGAAGGAGCUUCGCAGAGCUGAGGCAGCGGGCGAGAUUGUCCCUCCCAGCGCACGUCGCAUUGUUCGCCUCGAACGAGAUGAUCCCAGGCUACAGCACGAUGCAGAUGGUAGUCCCAUACAGCCUCCUCCAACCCCGUAUACUGUCUUCUAUGUGCCGCCUAUUGGCGAGUUGUCUCCUGAUGUCAUUAGCAGACAAACGAUUGAAUUUAUCAUGAGUCAUAUGACUGAUAAAGCAUCUGGAAACAAGCCCAAGGCCAAGGUUAAGACCAAGGACAAGCCUAAACCCAAACCCAAGUCCAAGUCCAAGGCCACCACCAAGGCUGUUAACCAGAAGAACGCCGACGGAAAGCUCACCACUUAUCCAUCCGACACGAUCACUGUCAAGAAGCGACGCAAUGCAACAACAGCCGCUACUACCGCCGAUGCUUCUCAGGCUGGUGCUACUGACACUGCCACCCUCACCGGUGCUGCCCCUCUUGACAACAACAACAACAUCAACGAACAUGUUGGCUUCCCCGAGUCCAGUCUAGACGACUUUCCUCUCUCUGAUCAUGCGUUCAGCAACAACAAUGGAGUCGUUGCUCAACCCAACACUGUCUUCACUGCUCCUCGACCCAACACUGUUUUCACGGCUCCUCAACCCAACACUGUCUUCACUGCUCCUCAACCCGACGCUGUUUUCGUUGCUCCUGAGCCCAGUACUUUCGUCACUGCUCCUCAGCCCAACACUGCUUUCGCUGCUCCUGCCUCUGCACCUAGCUUCCCCGAAAGCCAGCAUCAGACUGCAGCCGAAGUUGGUGAUGUUUCCGAGUCAUCCACUGUCAAUGAUCUCAACCUUGCCCAGUUCAGCACUGCCCAAGAUGCUCCCACGGACUAUGGAUACGGUCCUCAGUUCACUUCUGAACCUACCCCUGAGCCUACCAACACUGCCAUGCCCGUUGUCGACACACUAGUUGAUCCUGCCCUGGCUGAACCUACCACAGUUCAACAGAACCAGCAAAUGCGCAACGUCUCUGAUGGUUUGUCUCAAGGUGCCACUGAGCAGUCGUCCACCGACGGACCGUCUCUCGAAGACCAGAUUCUGGCCCAGACACUGACAGCCUUCCUUGAGAGUGGCGAGAGCGAACCCAACGACGCGGCACUGUUUACUGCACCUGAGUCUUCUACAGCCAGCCAAGUCUCUGUCGUGACUGAACCUUCAGUUGAGAGCCACCCCAACGUGUGCGAGACCUCCGAGUCAGACCUCGUCAACGAAAACUCCUCCGACAAGCCCACCGACUCCCCUUCUGACUUGGAAGCUGCUCCCUCUGACACUGCCGUGAUCUUGCCUGAGACUGAGUCUUCUCUUGAUGACCACAUCAGCGUGUGCGAAUCACCCGAUUCAGACCUGUUCUCUCUCUUCAACGAAAUCCCCUCAGACGAACCCAGCGACAUCCCCUCCGCCUUAGCCGAUGGUCCCUCUGCCCCGACCGAUGUUCCCUCCGUUCUGACCGAUGACAUCUUUGACGAUGCCUUUUUCUUUCCUGACGGUGAGCCUGCGGAGGAAUUCUCAUACAUGGCCUUCUUGGAUGAACCGCUUCCAGGUCUGUUCAACACCGAUCCUACGGAUCCGGUGACCGGCGCCCACAAGCGCAAGGCGGGUGAGGACGGUGGUGCUGAGCCAAACAAGAAGGCUCGCACCAUUGCUCCCGCCACACUCCUCGCACUUCCUCAGUGA